AUGCCAGCGGAGGCGGCGGAUUUGCUUCCAAGCAUGCCCUUUCAGAAGCACGUCUACUACCCGCUCGCCGCCGCCGGCGGCCUGGAGGCACCCGACGCCUCCGCAGCGGCCGCGGCGGGCGGGGCCGCCAUGGCCUGUGGCCCCCCAAGCGCGGCGUCGGGCCCCCUGCCCUUCUUCCAGUUCCGCCCGCGGCUGGAGAGCGUGGACUGGCGGCGGCUGAGCGCCAUCGACGUGGACAAGGUGGCGGGCGCCGUGGACGUGCUCACGCUGCAGGAGAACAUCAUGAACAUCACCUUCUGCAAGCUGGAGGACGAGAAGUGCCCACACUGCCAGUCGGGCGUGGACCCGGUGCUGCUGAAGCUCAUCCGCUUGGCGCAGCUCACCAUCGAGUACCUGCUGCACUCCCAGGAGUUCCUCACCUCGCAGCUGCACGGCCUGGAGGAGCGGCUGCGCCGGAGCCUGGCCGAAGGCGAGCACAGCAAGAAGCUCCUCACCAAGCAGGCCGGCGAGAUCAAGCUGCUCAAGGAAGAGUGUAAACGCAGGAAGAAGUUGAUCUCCACCCAGCAGCUGAUGAUCGAGGCCAAAGCCAGCUAUUACCAGUGUCAUUUUUGUGACAAGGCCUUUAUGAACCAAGCUUUCCUACAAAGUCAUAUUCAGCGCCGUCACCCUGAAGAUUCGCAUCUUGAGUAUAAGGCAAGGGCUCAGACGGACAAGCUCCAAAGUGAGAUCGACAUGUUGAAGGAGCAGCUGCAGCUCACCAAGUCUCAGCUAGAGGCUGCACAGCAUGCCCACGCAGUCAGGCUCUCUAAGGAAUAUGAAAUGCAGAAAACAAAAGAGGAAGAAUUUCUGAAGUUAUUCGAUAGAUGGAAAGAAGAAGAAAAGGAGAAACUAGUUGAUGAAAUGGAAAAAGUCAAGGAAAUGUUUAUGAAGGAGUUUAAAGAACUGACUUCUAAGAACUCAGCAUUAGAAUAUCAAUUGUCAGAAAUCCAGAAGUCCAAUAUGCAGAUCAAGUCUAACAUAGGCACGCUAAAAGAUGCACAUGAGUUUAAAGAAGAACGUCCACAGCAUCCCCAGGAUUUCCAAAAUGUGAUGCAGCUACUUGACAAUCAGGAAAGCAAGUGGACAGCUCGUGUUCAGGCUCUUCAUCAAGAACACAAGAAAGAAAAGAGCCGGCUCCUGUCACAUAUAGAGAAACUUCGAACUUCAAUGAUAGACGAUCUAAAUGCAAGUAAUGUCUUCUAUAAGAAAAGGAUAGAAGAACUAGGGCAGAGGCUCCAGGAACAGAACGAGCUGAUCAUCACUCAGAGACAGCAGAUUAAGGAGUUCACCAGUAAACCGUUAAACAGUGUCAGUGAACCCAAAGGGAAUCUUUUAACCUGGCAAACUUUUGAAUCUAAGCCAACUGCCCCAACUGUACCAAUGAAUGCCCCAGCCCCCCAGACACUGGAUGCGAAGUCGAGUCUAACAAUGGCACAUGAACAGGCAUUCUCAUCGCACAUACUGGAACCAAUAGAAGAACUUUCAGAGGAAGAAAAAGGAAGAGAAAAUGAACAGAAAUUAAAUGACAACAAGAUACAUAUAAGGAAAACUUUGAAGAAUAACCCUUCCCUCACUAAGGAAAUAAGAACCGUCUUGGAGCAGAGUUUGGUGGAGAAACUGGAAACCUUGGGAAUUAAUGCAGAUAUACGUGGUAUUCCAAGUGAUCACUUGAAUAGAGUGCUAAGAACUGUAGAAUCAACAAGACAUGAGCGAGAAAGACAAAUACCUAACAUUCAGCAAAUUCGAGAAUUCCUUGAACAUCAGGUCAGCUGUAAAAUUGAAGAGAGAACACUGCUGUCCACAGACAGGUAUGGUGCUUCUCAAAUGGACACCCUUUCAACUGGAGAACUACCCAAAGCAAUACACCUUCCUCCCAAAAGCAGACAGCUGAUUAGACAAAGACCUGUUUUUUCUGAUAGAACAUCUGUUCCAAAAGUUAAGAAAAAUGCCACAGAAGAUCAUUUUCCCAGGAGGUCUUCCACUAUUGUGACUCCUCCCUUCAGUUCCGAGGAGGAGCUGGAUGCUGACGACCUCAUCCAGGCGUUCACUUCCCCAGAUGUACUUCCUGUGCUGUCGUCUAAAAGCAACAAGAGUAAUUUUGGAAAGAGCGCUGUCGUCAAAAGCGACACUGACUGGACCGAGGGAAGUGAAAUUGAGGACUCUGAUAUUUCCCCCAAGCCCACAGGAACCUCCAUUAAAACAUUAACUGGAAAAGUUGAAAAGACGGUUUCAAAUCACAGAAAUAUGAAUAAGCCAGUUGGUGGAAUUAAUGUUGCUGACACAUUCAUCAAAAAAGAACUAAAAGAAGAUCUAAAGUGUACAGAUGUGGACGAUGAUGACUGGGACAUAUCAUCCUUAGAGGAAGACAGAUCUAUAGGGAGAAAAGCUGGGAGAGAACAGAAGGAACCUCCUCCACCUGUGAAGAAUGAGUCAAAUUCUACUCAAGUGCCAAAUGCCUGGGGUGCAGCUAACCCGAAAGGACCAAAGGGAGAAGGACCUCAGGAUGAGUCCAGUACACUGAAAAGCAGCUUAGUAACUGUGACUGAAUGGAGCGACUCUUCAGACGUGUAACCGUCACCCUGUGCGUCAGGAGGUCCGUCCAGACUUCAGCAGUAUUUGGUAUCGUGCUAUUUCAGCACUGCCUAC